AUGGCGAGCGUCGAUCCCAUCCGGUCGUUGUGUGGUGCGCUGACACAGGCAACGGGCGGUGUAUAUCAUGUGGAUUUGCGCAUGCCAGACGGCAUUCAUCGCCUUGCCGAGGUGGUCGAUCUUCUGUUUGGAAAACGUAUCGUGGGCGCAGAUGUGCGUGAGCGACUGACACUCCAUGUGCCUGCCGCGAUCAUGGUCCUUCUCGCCGAUCCUAUGGGCACGUACGCCAAGCUGGCUUGUGAGUGCUUUGCGUCUGUGUACCCCCGUGUAUUUUUAUACGCGAGUCAGGACGGGUCGCCUGCCUCGUUCCAGUUGUGGCAAGUCGUGACGGCGAUCAAGGAGCGAGUCCUCUUUACGCUCGACGAUGGCACACUCGGUGCGCGUAUCGGCGCAGUCAAAGCGUGCCAGCGCAUUAUUCAGGCUCAGACAAAGCCAGACGGCGACCCACGACUCCAAAACCGCGCUGAAAUCAAUUUAAAUGCCGUGCCACCCGAACACCCCUUUCUCAAGACAGAGCAGCUCGAGGCAGAAGCUGAUCAGGUAUUUACGCGCCUGGUCACGCUGCUAUUCACCUGCAAGGCGCCCAGUCUCGUCAUGGGAGUGACGCAAGUGCUCACUCGUCUCGCUCGUCUUCGCACCAAACUCAACAAGGUGGUCAUUGAGGCUUUUGUCAGCUGGACGCCUGCGUCUCUUGAAUCGCUCGCACCUGUACAUGUCCGAAGUGCGGAAAAUACGGUCAGGCUCGCGAUGGUGCACUUCUUGCAGCAUGGAUCUGUCGAGCCCCAGACGACACAACUCACACAAGCCCUUGAGCGGCAACGCCAAAGGAUGGAUAUAGCAAUGCGUGAGGCUAUGGCAGCACGCAGAGAAGGAGUCUCUCGCAAGCGCGAGGUCAAAGACACAGAUGGCUCCUCAAAACGCACGCGCGCCUCGACGCCUACUGAUCCGCGCCGGCCCAGCGGGUUGUCGGUCAACGACAUUGCUCGUCUCCCGCUGGAGCGCGUGGUGGAUGCAAUUAUCGAAGGAUUGCAGAGUGUGCCUGAAGAUCGACUAAAGACGGCUAUUGCCUCGUUUGUGCGCACUGUCACCCCAGCAGGCGCGACCAACGAGCCUGUCGAUCCACUAAAAAUGGACAUGGGUGAUGACGACGAGCCUACCAAGGCCAUGCCCACUGAGGAUGCUGUGGCACCACUUGCGAGCUUGGAGCACUUUGAGUUGCCAGAGCCCGUGCGGCUAGAACAGCGUGAGGCCCAGGCCUUGAUCAUUGAUUCCGUCACGCGCAUUUGUGAGUCGGGGACGCAGCUUUUACCUGCCCAGGCACUGGAGCAUGCCUCGGAAGGACACGCAGCACUAUGGAUCAAGCUGGUCGUGCGCCUGGCAACCCGGGGCCUCGACACCCGCGGUCAAGUGGCUCCGCCCGACCUGGCGAACCAGGCCGACAAGGUGCGUGCGCUGCUACUCGACUACGUGAAUCAGGACUUUUGCGUGCGGCGAGGCAUAGCAUUGCAGUGGCUCAUGGAAGAGUGGACUUGUGAUCGUGAGCGGCAGAAGCAGGGCAUUGAGUCGGAGCACUACCAUAUCUGGCUCGACAAGCUCCUGGACGCUCAGCUGAGUAUGCCCACGGUGGACAGCGUAGCGCUCGGCAACUUUUUGCGCGACUUGCCGCAGAUCCCAUUGGUCAUAUUAGACCGGUUGUAUGAACUGUGUCUGGACCGCGGUACCAUUGGCGAGGGCUUUGCCUUGCUCCGCGACGUGAGCGCGGCUCGGCCGCCGCUGCGUGUGCCCGUGUGCCACAAGGUACUGCAACUUACGCGGCACAGUGAGCGCCUCGUGCGUGGACGCGCGAUUGUCACGGCCCGAACGUGGGUGCUCCAAAAGGGACCCCUGGCCGACGUCGUACUGGCGUUCGCGCGCGAAUCUCUGCAGCUUCUUGUCGAAGAAGCUCGAGCUCAUGAUGCGCCCGAGGCACAGGACAUGAGUGUCGAGGCUGAAGAGGCGGACGAGACGGCUGCUAAUCCGCUAGGCCUGAACGAGCAAGACGUGCUCCGGCUGAUUGAGCUGGCGCUUGUCCUGAGCGUCAAGCAGCCGAGCUUCUUUGCCGAGGUCGUGCGUAUAUACCCUCUUCUUCCCGCGCCUGUACAGGCCGCCAUGCAAAAGCACGUCACGCCCGUCGCACGGUCCGUCGGCCCGAACAGCACGGUGCUGCUGGAUGUGCUGCGCACGUACCCACAUGGUGCCGAUACUCUCGUCAUGGCCAUUUUGCGCAUUCUGAUCGACAAGGGUCACACACAAGCGCUCGCUGAGCUCGUGCGUGACUUGGUCGAUACGCGCUCGUUGGACGUCGAGUAUUUGUUGCCCCUUGUACCGCAUCUCGAUCGCGAUGCGAUGCUUCAUGCCCUGCCGCGCGUCGUGUCUGUCCUGGCCGAUGGGUCAGAGGAGCACAAAGUGGCCGUGCAUCGCCUCUUCCAGACGCUCGUCGCGCCUGCCAUGCAGGCGGCUGGCGCUGAGACCGCGAGCGAGCAUCCUACCACGACAGCGAGUCUGACGCCCGUCGAGUUACUAGUGCUCUUGCACGUGCACGAGAAAGAGAUUGGACUCAAGGCCGCUUUAGUGGCCGUGCAGCUGUGCUUUUCCAUGAGCGAAGUGUUCCGCAGCGACGUCCUGACGGCGGUGUUGAACCGACUCGUCGAGGAAGAUCCGCUGCCAGUGCUCUUUAUGCGCACGGCCAUCAUGGCGACCAAGUCGUUCCGCACGCUCGGCUCGUACGUAUCGACGUCACUGCUGUCGCGUCUCGUGCAGAAAGAGAUUUGGAGGGAGCCGCGUCUGUGGGAUGGCUUCGCCUUAUGUGCGAAUCUCACGGCGCCCACCUCGUUCGGCGCCAUGCUGCAGCUCCCGCCGCCGCAGCUAUUGGAACUCGUGACCAAGCAACCCAGCUUGCGCGAUCCAUUGCGUGACUAUCUCAUUUACAAGGCAGGCGGCCCCGUCCGCCAUGGCGCGCUGCUUCAGAUGCUGGAAAGCGUACCUACUGGAACGUGA